UUCACUUCCUGGGGCCGGCGGAUGGCGGCGGUCCGCUGUUCGCCCGCCCCGCGUCGCCUGAGCCUGCCGGCCCGCCCGGCCCGGUAGCGCCGCACCCUCCCGGGGCCCCGCCGGGAGCGGAGCCGCGCCGAGGGCCGGGCCGGGCGGCAUGUGGGCGGCGUGAGGGCCGGCGCGGCGGGGAACGGCGAGGAAGGAGGCUCGGCCAUGGGGGAGCGGCGGGCCGAGGAGACCGGCGGGCCGGGCACGGGUUUUCAUCCAGAGGCAGAAGAGUCAAGUUCCCUUUUGGAGACAGCGGUUUCGGUGCUGCAGAGCUCCUACUUGGACUCUACAUCUCAGGACGGUUUUCAGUACAGCCAAGCAAUUCUGGUGGAAAACGAUGUUUUUCUAAGUGAGCUCAAAGCUUUUGCCCAAGCAAAGGAAGCCGCUGGGUACAGCCAGGAGGAGCUGGAGGAGACCUUUGCAUUUCUCCUGUUUGAUAAUGAAGAAGAGGCAAAAGAGGUGUGUCAGACAGGCCUCCGUGUAAACAGCAGUUCUAUUUCCAUGCUCGGUGACCCAGCAAAAGGGGUUUAUAUUUCCAAGUAUGCGGAUUGUCUUCAUCCAAGACCCUGGUAUCAUGGAAAAUCAGGCUAUAUUGUCAUUUUUAAGCUAAUUAAGGGGAAGGUCAAGGUGGUAUCUGAAAAUUACACAACCAGCUACACCUGCCCAUCUCCUGGCUAUGACUGCCACGUCGCCGUGAGCAGAAACAACACACCAUCAAAGACCAGCCACUGCCAGGCCUUCGAGCAGAGCCAGUAUUACGUGUACGAAGUGUCCGAUGGCAGCACUGCCGAGCGGCCCAGGCAGAUCUGCCCGUACAUAAUCAUCGCUUGCCAGUACAGGCAGCCGAAGGAAAUGCCCGUCUUAGCUAUAGAGAGCCUACCUGAGCUUAAUCACAAAGCAUUGUACUGUCCGUGGAGGGGGCAGCUCUCCAUCCGGGGCCAGCUCUUGUGCAACAUCGCCCUGAGGACCCCAUACAGCUCCACGAUUCCAGCCCAGCUGCCUCCCAACCUGGACAUUAACCAUGUCAUGGGUUUGUCCGACUUGAAGAAAAAGCUACCAGAAGCUGCGUUUGGAAAAAGAAAUUACAUUGAGAAUGAAGUCUGCUUUCAGGGUGUUUACUUCAGUCUGUAUGAAGUAGAAAUAUCAAAUAAGGAUCAAUAUAAAAUGGACCAGUUAGUAGAAAAUCUAAAGGAAAAUGACUUGGCAAUCAUCAAAUAUUUACAAGAUCAAGGAUUCCUUAUCCUCCUCACGUCCUCUGCCUUGGCACGAGAUGAUGGGUUUGACCCCAAGGAGCCCGUCAGCCUCCUGGCCCUGUUUCUGUUCACCUCGUCCCGGUCGGUGUGCCUGAGAGUUGAAAAGCACGAUCCAAAAGAUGAAAGGGAAGAUAGUGACAAUAGUGACGUCUCAUUGAAAAUAGCCUCAGUUUUGCCUGGACUUCGCUAUGCCUUACAGAAAGCCACCAGUUCUUCGUGGGGGGACACAGUCAGUACCAGCGUACGUAUCAAACAGCACCUCCAGGAAUACACAAAGCUUGAUCAAAACCCACAGCGUGCCGCUGGCCAAACCAGCGAAGUUCCCCUUCCUUCUCUCCUCUCACCAACCGAGGAUGAAUGUACUAAUCCCUUCAAAAAACGGUCAGAGCAGUCCUUGUCCCAGCUGCAGUGUUAUUUCUCCGAUCCCAGCAGCUAUACUCUGGAAACGUCGGCUGCCGUAGGAUGUUUGACUGGUGCUGUUCAGUCUCUUUGCUGCGAUUCACAGGCUAAUUGUAAAGCGGACUUCUCUUCAGCUGUCCCACCGGACCCUCUUCCUCCCAACACAGCAGCGAAAAGUGAAAACCCAAAGCCCACUGUGGGGCUGGACCAGGGUGGUGAAGCGCCCACAAAAGACGUCAACUCAGACAGCAAGCUAUGGGUGCAGCAGAGCAGGAGGAAAUCCUGCCGAGACGUUGGGACCAGCACCAGGUCACCCCCCAAGAUUGGGGACAGCGGAAGGAACAGGAAAGCAACCAAGAAGAAGAAAAUCAACAUGUCUCUCUCUUUUCCUAAAAAGCCAGGCCUCACGGCCAAUUCCAAUGAGCCCAUGCUUAAAUUAGCCAAUUUGCAGUUUCCACACAGAAGGAAAAGAGGUGCGGAGGUCCUGUCUGCGGAAUUUGUGCACAAAACACAGUCUGAAUCUGUUCAGAAGGAAACCUCAGCUCCCGACGAUGCCGGCUUGGAAGCAAAGAGAGCAAAGACGCUGAAGAACCCAGACAUGAAAAAGGUUCCUGUUGCUGAGACCGUCACGAAGCCAGUGAAAAAGUGGAAGGAGCCACUCUCUGUCCUCCCGAGCGAAGUUUCUUCCCAGUGCCACAGCGCGGAUAGCCCAACGAGUGAGAUUUACCCAGGCGGAGUUGCUGAUCUUGGUUUUGGUCUGAAGGGGAAUGACUACGAGUCCCACGCCUUGAACUUGCUGGCUGAUCUGGCUCUGGGUUCUUGUAUUCCUUUGCUUAUCCCCGGGGACAAUGGGAUGAUCACUGUGUCCUGCAGCCCCUCCAGCGACUCUGCAAAGGAGCAGCAGAGUCAUCGCAAGCACAAAUCCUUGCGUGUUGCUUCCGAUCACGAAUACCACAGGGUAGACAAGCUUGCAAAAGGAUCCACCUCUCCUAGCAAAGCAUUACCGAACGAGAAGCUUCCUCUUGCUGAAAAAAUAGACUUAAAUGACUUGGCCUCUAUUCCCAGGGAGAAAAGCCCUGGGAUUUUCAGCAAGAAGAACAGUGCGAGCCCCAGCCCUGCAAAACCCCAAGUGUUGCCUCCAAGAGAGACUCAAGAAGCUGUCGAGGUGAACAAGCACUCCAUCUCUGCCGAGCACUCGUACGCCUCGCAGAUGCCUGAGCACUCAAAGAAACACAUGUAUCCCAGAGGUGGCCCUUACCCUGGACCGGUACCCUCCAGAAAUGGGACGCGGAACGCCCGAGCAGGACCCCUGGUUGGGAAAGUCCUGCCUUUCCGCCACCAGCACAACAGCACCCAUCCACAGCAACCCUUCGAGGCCGUGGCGACGAGGCACAGGAGCAGCCUGCUGUCCCCCAGGCUGAAGGAGAACUUUGCCAAGUCCCACACAGUGAACAUCUGCGGCGAGUCCGUGAAGGUGACGUGCCGUUGGGAGGCAGAGUAUCUCUUCAAUUUGGACAGCAGGUACACCAAUGAUGCCCUGGAGAAAACUGUCAUCCGCGCCCUACAUGGGCCCUGGGACCCGGAUCUGCCCGACGAUGUGGAAGAGAUGAAGCUGAUACUUCAUAUGUGGGUGGCUCUCUUCUACAGCAAACCCAGCAAACUCCUGAGUAGCACAAGGAAGGUGGUGGAGCACAGCAACCCCAAGAAGUACGUCUCAUUAAACAGCACUGGGGACUUUCUUGAGCUGAGUGAUGAUGGUGAGGACUGUUUUGGGUUGGAGACGUGCCCUGCGGACUCUCGGUCAGACCCUGACCAGACUCCCAGCAGCUCUCUGGAUCGCAGCACAGGUUGCCAGGGACGUUUCCGCCCAGAGGAGAGCUCUGCAGACUCUCAGACUGACGCUGAUGGGACGCCUGGUGUUGUCGAUAGUAUGGUAUCGUCUUCUUCAGGAGAGCUGUCGUGUGGGGAGGAGGAGCCUUCUUCCACAAGCUCUCCAGAGAGCCGUUCCCUCACUGAAUGUGCUGAUGAGAGCUUGGCUGUGAAAGACAGGCAGCUGGCAGUCGUUCCUGAGGAGCGUGGGCAUGACGUCUCGACCAUCACUGCGGAGGAGCCGCCCAAGGAAGGACUGUCGGACGCUACGAUCGCCCCCAGCCCUUCCGAUGAGCUUGGUGAUGCUGGCAGGCCCCCAGCUGCACUAAGCAAGGAAAACCUCUGCAACCAAGCCCUGAAUUCCAGUACAGCUCUCUGGAGUGAUGCACCGAGUGCGCUGCGUGGACGUGGAGAGCAGCAGGAGAAGAGGGGGUGGGCACCAGGGUCAGGAGGUGGCCCCAGCCCUCCCAAGGACAGGGAGAGCAUGGGAGACGGUGGGCGCUGUACGGAGGGUGAGGACGGCAGCUGGGCCACCAGCAAUGGACUGCAACGUGCCUGUGAUUCCAUGCCCUUAGAAGCACAUCCCAGAAGUGCAAAGCCUGAUGGAGCCAGUGGGGAAGGGAAGGAAUCACAAGACCCCUUUGAACAUCCAGAAGAAGAGGAGGAAGAGGUGGAGGAGGGAAAAAAAGAGAAAGAGGACCCUGAAUAUGAAAGCACAGUCCUGGGGCCUGUUGAUUCAGCGUUUUCCGAAAGCGGUGAUGCUGAUGUGGAGCAUGAACACAGCGAGCAGAAGCCAGUGAAUUCGGCAUGUCUGAAGGACUUUGACAUUCCUGGAGAGGGCUCUGUGCCCAGCCCUGCUGCUUUAGUGUCCCCCUGCCCAGGCAGAUCAACCCCAGUGCUGUCAGAUGGGACUGGGACUGAGACUGGCCCUGAGGGGCUCCCUGGUGAGAUGGUGCCAAGCCUGGACACGCUGCAAGAGCCCUGGGAGGCUUUGGCCACCCCAGACGCAGAGACAAAUGGUGUUGGUCUGGCGCACGCAGCCAGUCCAGCUCAUAUGGGGUCGCCCUGUGACAGCGGGUUGAUGCUGCCGUUACCAUCUGAUCCGAGGCUGGUGUGUGGGGCACAGCCAGGCAGCAUUACAGGCAACUUGGGACCUGCUGGAGAGACGCUCCGAGACGCCUUGGAGCAGAAAGACAAGGAUCGCUCGCCCUCUGCAGAAAGGUGGGCGCCUGCUGGGAGCAAAGCUGCCGGCACAGCUGGCCUCGAGUCACCAUGUGGCCAGGGACUGUCACUAGCCUUGUCCCCUGACUCCAGCUCUGCCUGCGUGACAUCUCUUGAUGGAGCAACAGAUCCAGGGGCUGUUCCAGAGGACCAGGAGGCCAUGGCAAGCAUCCAGUCUCCAUCGCAGAGUGGCCUGAGAGGGAGCAGCUGCCUUUCCCAAAGGUGCGGAGGCGACGUUUAUGUUGACCUCACUUCGCUGAGCGCUGGUGAAUCAAACCAAGAAGGGAACAAGGUUUUGGUGGAAGAACAGCGUAGCAGCCCUCCUGCCAACCGCGCAGAUGUGCUGGACGCGUCCUGGGGAGCAGGUGAUGGCCAGGGCUUUGCCUUCGACUGUACCGCCUUAGCAGGGGACUCUGAAGCUGGGGAGAGCGAUCAUGUGUUCCUCGGCGCAGAUAAGUUCCCCGGGAGCGACAAAAGGAACCCAGCGAUGGUGGCUAAUGCACUGCAGGAGCCAGAGACCUCUCUUCAUCACCUCGUGGAAUCAGAGCCCUCCUCCUCGGUGGGAGAGGGAGUGUCUGCCGUGAAGGAGCACCCCAGGCAGCAGCAGAGCUUCCCAGAUGGCCCGUCCCCGCCUGUCCACACAGACUCGGCUCCUGCUUCUCCCCCCCAGCAGGACCCUCUCCCCCGUGGCGGAGACGCAAACCCCCCCCACCACUUGUUAGAGCAAAGCGAGUUGGGGUCAGUCCUGUGCCAAAAUGGGAAGCCCUACAAGCGAGUAGGUGCUGCAGAGUUGGCUGCCGAGAGCCUGGAUGGUUCCCUAAAGCCCAGAUGUGCGGAAGAGGUGAAAAAAGACACAGGUCCCUGCUAUGCAGAGCCGGCAGAGAGCUCCCCUGCGGAUGCGCUUGUGCCAGGUAGCCCGAGAUCGACGCCUCCUUCUCCUCACAGCCACAAGGCAGCUCUGCACAGCGUCGAGCCAGACUCGGUCCUCAGUUUGCACCCUGAGACGUGCUCCCCCAGCGUGAGUCUGGCCCCGGACGGUGCCCCAAGGUCCUGCUGCAUGGGACAACUGCCACCGGGCACCUGCUCCGGGUGUGCCAGCCCUGGGGACGUGGUAGGGAGCCAUGAGAAGGAACCCAUCCUGUAUGAGGAUUCGGAAGGAGGAAGCAGCAUCCCUCUUCCCAGUCCUGCGUCUUUUUCAGCAGGGGAGUUGCUCACGCCUCUGUGCGAGCCCCAGUUUAUGUGCAACCGGAGCAAGCAGGAGGCCGAGGGAUCCGAUGCGUUUGCUGAUCUGCAGCAUGCCGGCAUGGAGGUGGGAGAGGGAGAAAUCCCCACUCUCCCCUUCCCGAUGUUGCCGUUAUGCGCACACAGGGAAAUCUGCGGAGAGAGCCUGGAGCUCAGUGACACUGAGGAUAUUUCGGACUUGCUCCCGAGGGCAAAGCAGCUCCCCAGCAGAGACAGACGUGUGGGCUCGACCUCUGAAGAUCUGUUUGAGUUUUUCUCUGGUGACUCAGACCAGGAAUGUUUCGGGGGGACUUCACAGUCCCUGCUUACAGCCACGGGUUCCUACGGCACGAGAUCCGUGGAUGCUGCAGGCACAAGGACUAACUGCGACUCCUCCUCUCCGAGCUCGGUGCACACGGAGGGGUGCAGUGAGGACUGGGGCUCCCUGGGCAUGGAGGGGGGCUCACGGGCUGAGCGUGGCUGGUCGAUCGGCCCGGGGGAAGCCAGCAGCAGGCGUGUUCCACCAUACGUCAAUAUUAGGGACAGCCAGGGGAUCGCCAAGGACUACCGGAACUUUGUGGUCACUAAAAAGUGCCAGGAGAGGAUGGAAAAUUUGCAGUCUUCAAAGAGGUGCAGCCACGGUGCGGGGCAGUCUCAUUUGUUAAGGUCACUGAUGGGGACUUGGAGGGGUUUUGAGGAAAUCACCCAGCACACUUUGGACAUGGAGUGUCUCCGUUUCCAUUAUAAGCUAAAACAAAUCCUAAGGAAUAGGAAACCACCCUUUUCUACCUCCAAAAGCAUCUUUCCAAAAGACUUUUCUCCCCAGGUGAUGUCUGAGACGUUGCCUAGGCGAGAAGCUCCCGCCCCAUUCUCCCUGCGGAGCAGGAGCCCUUUGCAGGUGACGAUCCUGCCCUCCGACACGUGGCCGAGCGGGCUCGGCUGGCACCGGCAGAGCGGCCGGCAUGGGGACCCAUCUGCCCCAUGGCAGGACACCCUCUGCCACGAGAGGAGCAGGGCCAGAUCCCGAACCGCGAGCCAGGGCCACGCGGCUCCCUUCCACCUCAACAAGCUCAAAUACGGUAAUAAGCUAAAGGACUCACGGGGGGACAUCGCCGUCAUCCUCGACGAGUACGCUGAGUUCCACAGGGUGAUGCUGAGCAGGGCUGACACGGGGAGCGAGGGCGGAGGGACGGUCCCAGCGCCCGGGGAGGCCACGAGCGAGUGGACGUGCGCGUCCCUCCCUGGGAGGAUGGCCGCCUUCGAGGAGAUGAUCGCCGACCUGUGCAGCACGCUGCAUUUUCGCCUGCGCAGCGUGGCCAAGGAGGCCUGCGGCCGCGCCGGCAUGUUCUACCUGGUGGAGACGGACAAGGACCCUUUCUUUGCAAGAGUGAAGACCUUGCUGAAGAAAGACGGUUGCGUGGAGAUCAAACCUCCGAGAUUCUGCGAAGCGAAACACGAAGCGGACGACGACAGGCUGCUUGUCGUCAUCAGGAACAAGGACAUUUCCUCCCACAUCCACAACGUCCCGUGCUUGCUGAAGCUAAAGCAGUGUCCGAACGUGGUGUUUGCCGGAGUGGACAGCCCCGAAGAUGUAACAGCUCACACGUACCAGGAGCUGUUUCAUGCCGGUGGCUUCGUGGUGUCGGACGAGGAGGUGUUGGAAACGGUAACGCUGGGCCAACUGAAAGAGGUGGUGAAGGUGCUGGAGAAGCUGAACAGAAGCGGGAGGUGGAAGUGGCUCCUUCACUACAAGGAGAGCAAGAAGCUCAGAGAAGACGUCAGGGUGGACGCCAACGCCCGCAAGAAGCGCUUAAUCCUCAAAUCGUGCCAAGGGGCUGAUCUCAUCGAGGUGCUGCAUUACCACGCCUGCGACUCCGGGUCCUCCCCCGAAUCCCAGUCCGUCAACUGCUUGUUGAACCUGCAGGUUCAGCGCGUCAGCGCCAGGUUCGCCGUGUAUCUCACAGAGAAGUCCAGCGUCAGCAGGGAGGUCCUCGAAAGCAAAGGAAUCCUCGUGGCUGAUGUCAACACCUUCCUUAGGACGAUGCAGAAAGUGGCUUCCCCGUUUAGAAGAAGCUACUGGUGACGAAGCGAAACCGCAGCACAGCUCCUCCCCGGGCCCCGCGGCGCCGGUUUGGGCAUCCCGGUCCUCUGCGGGACAGCCCCGACAUCCCAGUGGAUUCCCGGUGCCGCACACAGGAGCCGUGCGCAGGGGAAGGUUGGCUCUAGUUCUGUAUGUAUGUAGAAAUUAUUUAACGAUGGCUAAUGCAAAUCCUCCCGGGGAUUUCCUCCCUGCCAUCGACUUGCGUAUAGGACGGAGGUUAUUUUAACAUUACACAGUUUUAAAUUAUUGGAGUUUUUUUCAAGUGCUUAGUGCAGCUGACAUUGGAAAAAACAGGAACAAUAGAUUUAAAAAAAAAAAAAAAAAGCCGUUUACUUGAAGGUUAGGAACGGUACGAGUCCACAAUGAUAAAAGCAUUUUCCACGGGGCUGUUGCUGUACACGCUGUACAGGCCGCCUGCGGUAGCCGCGGGGGUGGGUGUACAUUUUUAACAGGUGUUGGCCACCGUCGCCCGAGUGCCAGCGAGCCCGCGGCCGCCGCUCCACACUACGUUCCAAGUCGCCCCUGUUGCCUCUUGGUACCGGUUCACUGCUGGGACCCGAGCGCGUUGCAGCACGUGGAAAGUCUUGUAAAUAGCCAGACAACAGGAGCCAGGAACAAAAAAGCUCUUUAUUUAUGGUAGCUCUGACAAACAUGCCGGGGGGGGACGACAACAAAAUGCCGCAGUUCAGACCUGUGUAAGAGCCCCUACCUAUGGAUGUGGAGGACAGGGUUGUCCUCGUUUCUUUUUUUUUUUUUUAAUAAAAGAAUGCAAGAACAUUA